GCUCCAUUGGCCCAGGCAUUUAUUCCAUCAGCUGCUGGAAAACCUGCAGGAGCAGCAGCUCAUCCAAGGAAGGGCAGUGACUGUUGCCCAGGAAUGGUUUAAUGAAGUUUUCCAACAAGUCAAUGCUGCUGCUGAGAAACAAGUGUACAUGCUGGAAGAGAGGAACAAGAAAUUAAAGGCCAAGUGUGCUGGUUUAAGAGAACAAAUCUCUAACUAUGAGGCUGACAAAGUAAAAAGAGAGGGCAAUGUCAGAGAGCUGCAGCAGGAGCUUGCUGAAGCUCUUAAAAAGCUGUCUGAGGCAGAAGCUUCACUGGAAGUUGCUAUGAGGCGCUGCAGGAACCUGAAGGAAGCCAACCUGGGCUUGAAAAAGGAAUUGAGAGAGGCUAAAUCCAAGUGUCGGGAACUGGAAGAGCAGCAGCUUCGAUAUGAGCAUCAGAUUCAUGACUACAAGGAUAGGAAAAGAAAACUAAGAGAGAAGUCCCAAAAACUGAAAGACCUCCUGUCAUCAUCUUCUGAGACCAGGGCUACAGUAAAAGAGCUGGAAGAGCGUGUGCAGUGCCUUUCCAUGGAAAAUGCCAGACUGGAAGGCACAGUCCAGCAGCAAAGACGUAUGAUUGAAGCCCUUGAGGGAACCCUGCAAGCCUCUGCCUCAAUUGAUGACCGCCUGGAAGACUUGAUGACCAGCUUAGGAGCUUCACGGGCAGCUGCAGAGGAGCAGCACCAGCAGCAGCUGCAAAAGCAGAUUGUGCCAUCUCUGCCAUCAAAGGAUUUGCACAGCGUGAGGAAAAAGAGGCUGAAGCCAAGAUUGCACCCUGGAGACCACGGUUCUCCUCUUGGAAGGAGAAAGAAUGAAACAGCUUGAUGAACUUUUUUGGAAGCUGGAGUUAGAGCCUGAGGCAGGCAUGCAGGGAGAAAUCCAAACUCAGGCCUCAGGCUCAGUGAGCAGAGAUGUCCAUCCUGGGGAGGAACCAGGAGCAACUGGAGAAGCCCAAAGAGCAGCUGCACGCAGAGGUGAGAAACAUCACCCCUCAGUUCUGAGAAGAGAAGCCACCAAAGUGGCAGGGUGGGAGACUCCUUCUCUGAG